AUGGCCCCGACCACAUCGCCCGGUCAGAAUCUCCUCCUGACCCUCCCACCAGAAUUGAGGAAUGAAAUCUACGCUCUUGUCAUCACCACUGACUUCUACGAGCUGGACCCGACCAUCUCAGCCAAGACAUUUCCUCGACCGAGAUACAACAUCUUUGGCAUCCAGCGUGGAAUAAAAGCCCAAGGAGGUACUCCAGCCAUUGCAAAGACUUGUCGUGAGAUCCGGACGGAAGCGCUCAAUGUAUACUACGGAAGCAACACAUUCGCUCUGAUCGGAGAUGACGCCACUCGCGCAAAAGAUAAGGUUGCAAUCGCGAAUCGCAUUGCUGCUCACGAAUGGGUGAAGCUCAUCGGAGAUGAUGCCAAGUACUUGCGCAAGGUGCGCGUCUUGCUAAAUACUGGACCCCAGGUUUUGGUUCAUUGCCUGAUGUCCAUCGCUUCGAACCCGACUGGAGGCGCACCAAUCGUGAAGAAUCAGUCUCAUCGAGUGGGUCCGAUUUCGCCAAUUUCGUUCCAGUUUGCGCCACGGAUCUCGGAAUCUCUCGAAGGUAGCAUCCAGAAGCACUUGUUAGAAACAAACGACAUGGGAAUGCUCUGGAGGGCCAUUGUGGAGCGGGCUCUUUACUUCGCGGACAUCGAUAGCAGUGGCUGCUUCACCUUCGACAUCUCGGGAGAAGGGAUUGCGAAGGCAUCGGCAAAGUAUCCAUUGAAGAAGUCCAAAUCUUCCGCCAAGAAGAGCGCGAAGAAAAGCUUGUCGUCAACUGCCUACCAAGCAUCGCCAAGGGAGCUCCAGACUCCGAAGGAAGCUGUGCAGCCACAUUACGAUUCGGAUUGUAUGGUCAUCGAAGCCCCGGCCAAGAAGGCGAAGAUUCCGACGACACAGGCCAAGGCUCUCCAAGAUGCAUCCUGGUCAUCUCGGAAGACCCAGCCCGUCAAUGACCAGGACACCGAUUUCGAUGUGAUCGAGGUCGAAGCGCCAACUCACAGGCCAAAGACCCGAAAGAAGGCGRGAAGGACGACGCCAGAGAUUGAGGUUGUCCAGUAG